GACUGGUGUCCAUCUCAUUAUUUGCCUGACUGUCUUGACUAACAAAAGCACAUAACACAGUACAGGAAGGCUGUAUGCUCUGCCCUGCCUGCCAGUGGCACAUCAUGAAACUCUACAUAAGUCUCCUACUCUGCAACCUCCUAUCUGCUGUGCUUGCAGGGGCAUUGGAUGAAUACAACAAGAUAGAAGGAGCAUGGAUCUUCUCGUUAAAGAAAAUACAACAUACUGAGGCCACAGUUCUUGAAUGUGCCACUUAUUGUGAGAAGGAAUCAACUUUCACUUGCAGGUCUUUCAUGUACUCUGAGAAGGAUCAGGAAUGUGUGAUUAUCCCAGAAAACUCGCAAACAGACACAUUGAAGAGAAGGAGAGGCACAGCCUUGUAUGAAAAGAAGGAUUUUAUAAGAACGUGCAGGGAAGGCACUGGAACGGAUUACAGAGGGACGAAAUCCAGAACAAAGUCAGGGAAGACAUGCCAGAAAUGGGCAGCAACCUUCCCACAUGUUCCCAACAUGACACCGGAAAAGUUUCCCGCAGCCGGCCUGGACUCCAACUUCUGCAGGAACCCAGACGGAGACGCCUCUGGGCCCUGGUGUUACACAACCAACAGCAGUAAGAGAUGGGAAUCCUGCGAUAUCCCUGACUGCAACGAGGAAUGCAUACAGUGCAGUGGGGAGGACUACAGAGGCAAAGUCUCCAAAACAGAGAGCGGCUUCACCUGCCAGCGCUGGGACUCCCAGAAACCACACACCCACGGCUACCUCCCACAAGUCCUCCCUGAUAAAUACCUGGAGGAGAACUUCUGCAGGAAUCCGGAUGGGGAGCCCAGGCCGUGGUGUUUCACCACGAGUCCCACCAAGCGCUGGGACUUCUGCUCAAUCCCCCGCUGCACCUCUGAACCUCCCACGAUCAUGGAGGAGCUGACCUGUGCCACCGGGGAUGGCAGUGCCUACAGGGGAACCAUCUCCGAGACAGAAUCGGGGAAGACCUGCCAGGUCUGGGCCUCUCAGGAUCCACACAAGCAUUCCAGGACACCAGAGAACUACCCGUGCAAGGGGCUUAAAUCAAAUUACUGCAGAAAUCCUGACAAUGAGAGAAUGCCUUGGUGCUACACGACGGACCCCGGCACUCGAUGGGAGUACUGCAAGGUGCCGACCUGUGGAAAUCAGCCUGUCCCAGAUGAUCCAGGCACCGGUUCACAGUUGGACUGUUACGAGGGCAACGGUCAGUCUUACCGUGGGGUCACAACUGAGACCAUCAGUGGGAAGAAAUGCCAAGCGUGGAGCUCCAUGUUGCCACACAGACACGACAAGUUGCCAAAGUCCUUCCCCGAUGCAGACCUGAGGAUGAAUCUGUGCAGGAACCCAGACGGUGACGUUGCCCCAUGGUGUUACACUACUGACCCCUCUGUCCGAUGGGAGUACUGCAAGGUGGACAAGUGUGCGACCAAACCCAAGCCUGACACCGAAACCGUCACUAAGCCAGACCCAAAACCCACAGAAGCCACCACAACCCCUGAAGCCAAAGACUGCAAGACUGGCAACGGAGCUGAUUACAGAGGCCCCACAUCCAUGACUGCACUGGGUGUGACCUGCCAGGCUUGGAGUGCCAUGACCCCCCAUUCCCACAGGAGCUUCACCCCCACAUCGCACCCAGACAAGGGCCUGGAAUCCAACCAAUGCAGAAACCCUGACGGCGAUGUGAACGGACCAUGGUGCUACACGAUGGACCCCACCAAAAAAUGGGACUACUGCCAAAUCCAAGAUUGCUCCGGUCUGAAGUGCGGACAGGCCAAGGUGAAGCCUGGGAAGUGCUAUAGCCGAAUCGUUGGAGGAUGUGAAUCCAAGCCCCACUCCUGGCCCUGGCAAAUCAGCCUCCGAACAAACUCCCACCAGCACUUCUGCGGAGGGACACUGAUCAAGCCACAGUGGGUGGUGACUGCUGCACAUUGCCUGGAGAAAUCAACUCGUCCAACUGCCUACAAGGUGUAUCUUGGAACACACACAGAGAAAGCCGAUGAGGCAUCAAAGCAAGUACGAGACGUCACAAAGUUGAUUCUGGAACCCAGAAAAUUAGAUAUUGCGCUGCUCAAACUAGACAGCCCCGCCAUCAUAAAUGACAUGGUGAUGCCUGCCUGCUUGCCUGAGAAGGACUACAUUGUGCCGAAUAUGGCUGAGUGCCACGUGACCGGGUGGGGCGAAACCCAAGGCACUGGUGGGGAGGGCGUGCUGAAGCAGUCCGGUCUCCCUGUCAUCGAAAACAAAGUGUGCAACCGCCCUGCGUACCUCUCUGGACGAGUGAGGGACCACGAGAUGUGCGCGGGGUACAUCGAGGGAGGCACUGACAGCUGCCAGGGUGACAGCGGUGGUCCCCUGGUCUGCCAUUCGGAUAACACCUUCAUCUUACAGGGAGUGACAUCAUGGGGUCUGGGCUGCGGCAACCCCAUGAAGCCGGGGGUGUACACUAGAGUCUCAAAAUUCGUGGACUGGAUAGCAGAAGAGAUCAAGAAUAAUUCAUAACCCUGUCAUUCUCAUAUCAGUCGUUUUUGAAUACAAUAUUAUAAUGGUUAUAAAAGAAAUGAUAAAUACAUUUGAAAAGCCUUGGAGGCUGCUUCAUUGAGCUGCAUGCUGCAAUACCAUACAAGCUCUAGGUUGAAUCUAUUCAAGCUGGUGAAUAAAAUGAAAUAAUUGAUCCAACACUGUUGGGUUAAUGUUGGGGAAAAAAAUGGUUUCUUUUCUUUGUGUUGUAUUUUUGUACUAAUGACUGACAACAAGAGGGAGAUGGAGUUCAAAGCCUGGCUUCAAAAUACUGCAAAAGGGUAUAAAUUUCAUCGAAACUCGCAAAACCAACUUGUAUACGCUAUCAAUUUUGCACUAAUCAAUUCAGCGCAAGCUGAAGAAUCACAUUAACGUCUCCAUUCUCUUAUGCAGUCGUUUGCUGCCACAUAAUUGGCGGAUUAAAUAUUUGCAUUAACAAGCUGCUGCACAGGUCUACCUAAUAAAGUGAUCAAUGAGUGUGUAUACCAGGACUGACCAAGUAUACAUGUGUGUAUGUCUAUUGAGCUAAAGACAACACAAAGUUGA